AUGGACGGCAGGGGCACAGGCGCAGGCGCGGGCGGAUCUCCUCCCACUGGCAGCUAUUCCACGCCGUGUGUCCAUGAACAAAUGCGGAAAAGGCAGCGGAGCAACCCAGGGCCGGAGACAGGUCCCUACGAUGACGUGCUAGGUGGCGGCAGCUGGCGUUACUCACCGGUCAGCGACCCAGAUAUCGAUUACAACGUGCAGGCAUCCAAGCGAUAUCUGUCUGAGGUUAUGGCCAACAAUCUGACGCGGCACAUGAGUCUGCGCCACAUCAGCUCACCCAGCGCGGCGCCGCUACCGUUCACCAGCGGCCUGGGCAUCCCUGGGGGCGACAUACACAGCCUCACGCACCCGCAUGCCGCUCUCCCACCGCUUCCUCAGGCGCACCUGUUUUCAACUUUCGCCCAGAGCCACGGCCCGGGCCCGUUGACACCCCCCGGUGGCUGCAGCCCUCAGCGUACCUGCAUCUCGGAGAUGAGCGAGGGUCUGCCUGACCCCGCUGGGGGGGAGGUUGCGCAGCCCAUGAACGUUAGCGAUGCAUCCCACUCGCAAGGAGGAUGUGCAGGAGGAGCUACAGGGGCAUCAGGCAGCAAGGCCUCGGCUGCCGCUACAGCGGAGUCCACCAGCGAAACUGCGGAUUCGGAUUUGCUGUACGAGCGGGAACGCUCCGUGAGCCUUAGCGGCACUCCUUGGUGUCAUGGUUCUGGAGCUUCCACGGCUGGGUUUUCUAUAGCUACAGCAGCAGUAGCAAGCGGAGUAGGCGGGGUGGCUACGGGGCGAGUACCCCUACCGCCUGGUGUGCUUUUAUCGGCGUCAUCAGUUGCGCAUUUGGGUGUGGGUCAUGGGGCCAUCAGCGGCUCCACCGGCUCGCCGUUUUCGUCCCAGGGAGCGCUGUCUCGGCGAAUGUCCGACGCCCCUCAAGGUGCCGGGCCGGCGGGUCCAGCAAGCGCAGCUCAACAGCAGCACCAGCAGCAGCACAUGGGACGCGGUCCUUACCCGCGGGGCCAUACGUCGGGGGGCCGAGGAAUGCUGCCCGAUAUGCCCUCCUCACCGAGUGAUUCUCGUUUUGGCGGUUUGGAUCUGCGGAAGACGGCCCUGCUGCGCAACUUUGCGGCCGCAUCGCGGCGGACGGAGGAAACCACUUCAGACGGCGGCACAGCUGUCGCAAUGGCCGCUGCUUCAGGCUACCACCCUAGCGGUGCCAUCGCAUCGGUUGGCCUUGGGAUUAUGAUGGCGGAUUCAGGCAGCUCAGAGAGCGCCGCUGGUACCUCGACUUGUGCGGCAGCUGCAAUGGCGAUGAGCGCGGUGGCCACUCGGGGCAGCUUUGCUGUCCGCGGUGGCGGUAACGGGGGCAGGUCAGCUACGUCUCGCUCAGACAGCGGGCUGUCAGACGGCAUGUCUGAAGGGGACCGUGGCGGCGCGACAGGCAUGGAGCUUAGUAGCAACAGCGCGGACGGUGGCGGCGCUGGUGCUGGUGGUAGCGGAGUGCUUGUUGGUAACGGGCCCGAGGACCCCCUGUCGGAGCAACAGCGGCAGAAGGAGGAAAGUGACGAAGCACGGCUGGGGGUCCUGCACCAGCCGCGACCCCACGCUCAGCUGGCUGCAGCACCCUCGCAUACAUGUGUGCUGGGUGUCCCUGGCGCCGGUUGCAUGGUUGCUGGCGGCACCAGCGGCACGUCUGCUGGGACCUCGCUGCCCCCGGCGUACAGCUGCUCGCUGGGGUCUCCUCCGGGCGGGUUGACGACACCUCUGCCGGUGCAGCCACCAGCGCAGCUGCAGCGCGAGCGUAAUUCGAUCGCCGGACCUCCGUCCUGUAAUCAGUUCUGA